UCCUCCGCUGCCUUGUUUCCUCUACUCUCACUUUCUUAAGCCGAGACAAAGCCCGCAGUAACGCCACUUUGUCUGACCUCUUUUAAGCUCUACAGUGAAACAUGACAGACACCAUGUUUGGCAGUGAGAAUGAGCAGUGGGUCUGUCCCAAUGACAGACAACUAACGCUUAGAGCAAAGUUACGUACAGGUUGGUCUAUCCACACAUUUCAGUCAGAGAGACAGAGGAAAGCUCAGACAAUUAAGAAAACCGAGCUGGAUCUCAUCAUGAGUGUCAUCCACCGCGCUGAGCAGCUCGAGCUCAUUGAGCAACAUCGGAUUGGGGGUCUAGUGGAGCGCCUGGAGAACAUGAGGAGGUCUGCAGUGGGAAACGGCCUUUCACGGUGUCUGCUGUGUGGAGAGGUGUUUGGUCUGCUGGGCUCUUCGUCCGUCCUCUGUUUGGACUGCUGCAUGAAGGUGUGCACCAAAUGCGGAAUCGAGACACCAGGCAGUCAAAAAAGGGCUCAAUGGCUUUGCAAGAUCUGCAGUGAACAGAGAGAG